GUCUUCUUCACGCUUCAAAACCAAAGUAAAAAGAUGGAAGCAAACACUCUUUUUCAUCUAAGAGUUCUUCUUCUUGUCUGUUUCAGAGUCUGCUUCACAUUAGGUUCCGAUCCCGACCCGAUCCAAGACUUCUGUAUACAAAAACCAAUCACAUUUCCUCAUUACCAUCACUUCUCCACCAAUCUCCCUUGCAAGAACUACUCCGAAGUAACCACUGAAGAUUUCGUAUUUUCCGGUCUAAAAACCGCCGGAAACUUCACGGAGGCAGGACUCGCCACAGUCCCCGUAAGCCCAACAAACUUCCCGGGCCUAAACACAUUAGGCAUGUCGUUUGUCCGGGCUGAUCUCAAACCCGGCGCCAUAAACCCGCCACACUACCACCCUCGGGCCACGGAAGUAGCCCACGUGGUUAAAGGACGGGUUUACUCAGGUUUCGUGGACUCGAACAAUAAGGUUUACGCUAAAGAGAUGGAAGAAGGAGAAAUGAUGGUUUACCCAAAAGGGCUUGUGCAUUUUCAGAUGAACGUGGGAGAUGUUACGGCCACGAUUCUUGGAGGACUUAAUAGCCAAAGCCCUGGAAUUCAGAAGAUACCGUCGGUGGUUUUUGGUUCAGGGAUCAAUGAAGAGUUGCUUAUGAAAGCUUUUGGGUUGAGUCUUAAGGAGAUUGGUACGUUGAAGAGAAGAUUUGAUCCUGUGAUGUCUAAUGAACAUUGAUGUUUUCUCUUAAAAAGGAUUAUCUUGUAUGGAACUUAUAAGUUAUUUAUAUAUGUGUGCUCUUUAUUACAAGGGUUAUUUAAAUUUUUUGACCUAAAA